AUGGCAUGGGCACUGCUAAGUGCGGUGAGAAUAAAGGUAGCAGCAGCAGCAUCAGAGGCUUGGACAGGCGAGCUGCAAGGUGAGCAUGCUGAUUGUGUUGGGCAUCUACCUGAGUGUUUAAGUGUUCUGGUGGCGCAAGGCCAACAGGAGGAAGUUGCGGCCUAUGGAAUCCUUCAGGCGUGGCUGGUGUCCUUGUACUUGGACAACCCUUAUGGAGGCUCAUUGGCAGACAACUCGCAGCUGCGGGCAAGCUCGUUGGCGCACCUACUGCAUCUUGGAGAAGUAGCAAAAUCCAGUCGACCUGGGAUGGCGCUAGCUGUUGGGCAGAUGCUUAUCAGCUUUUUCUGGUGGGGUGGUGCAAACUCCUUGGGAACAGUUGCUCUCCAAGGUCCUUGUCGCGAAACAGCUGCUGUUGCUUUGGACUUGCUUGAAGUAGCCACCCGCUAUGCAGGUUGCCAAGACUUAUCCACACCCAUAUCCUGGUUCUUAGCAAGGUCCUGUCCCUGGCGCUUCCGCUUUGUGAUAAUGGUUGGUACUGAACUGGCCAGGAAGUUGCUGCGACUUCAUGACAUCCGAGAGGCUGCUCUGAUUCUGAAUCGAACCCGCGACCACUGGGAAAGGGUGCAACAGCUGAGUUUCUUCCGUGAAACACGUUCUGAGGUCGAUGUGCCUGGAACACCUCUUGCAAGCCGCAGUGCUGGUUUUCUGAGCUGGAAUCAAAACCAAGACUUCCUGCCGACCAGUGCUCAUUGGCCAAUUUGGCCGCGAGAGGCUUGGCCUAGCUUUGCUCACUUCUUGGAGGCGAAUUACGAAACCUUCCGACAGAGUUUGGAGGAUUUGCUUGAGUUGGACCCAAAUGGAGAGAUCUUUGAGGCACUGGCAUCACAGCAACAAUCCGAGAUGGCCCCGAGAAGGAAUGCAUGGGUACGACUCGAUUUAGUGCACGGUGGUGGUUUUGCAGAGCUUUGCGCGUUGCCAGCACUACAACCCAGCUGUGACAUCUUGGCGCAGCGACCAGAGAUUGAUGGCAACUGCUCCACGUAUUUGGCCGGCGCAGCUUUGGCCCGAUUGCUUCCGGGCGACGAAAUUAAACCUCACUUUGAUAGCCAUUGCAGGCUGUCGGCGCAUUUGGGUUUGCGAGCUGUAGAAGGUGCCUCCAUGAUGGUGGGUGGAAAGAUCUCCUCGUGGCAAGAGGGUCGAACGUUGGUCUUUGACGACACCUAUGUGCACAGCGUGCGGCAUCACGGCGUUGCGCCAAGGUACCUGCUGGACCUGGAGUUGGAGUCACCAGAAGGCACAAAGAUUGCCGGGUUUUUGGUUCUGGAUGGCCACUCCGGUAGCCUUUGCUGUGACCAUUUGAUGGAGCGCUUGCCAGGAAACCUGCAGAAAUGCCUCAGCACAAAGCCUGGGUUAUCAGAAGAGACUCUUUCGCAGGUGUAUGCGCUGGAUGGUCUGACAGAAGAUGGCCGGCUUCCGAACCUGCCUAAUACCGUCGCACGUGUGAAGAAGUCUCUCAGGAAAUCACAUGAACUUGCUUGUGCUGGGUAGCCAUAUUGUACCAAUCUUGACCGCCCGAGCAUUGAAGUUGCCGUGUCUUGCACAUUGAGCCACGCAUGUACCAGCUCCAUGGGUGAGAAAGCUACAGCAAGUUAAGUUGCAGGAAGUGGAGUCACAUGCAUAGUUGGAAAAAGGCGUUGCUCACUGUGCAAAUGCUUUGCUUGGCACUAUUUUUUGUUAUUUUGUGCACAUCCAAGCGAAACUUGUUUGUCCCACUGCAAGCUUCAAGGUUCUUUUGUUCACCUUCCUAUGCAUUUGAUGCCAAAUGCCUUGGUCUCGUCUCUUGUAAAAUUUGUGGUGCUUUCCUUUGCGGAUCGUUUGUCCAUGCGUGG